AUGCCACCGGUCCCGAGCUCUUCACUGAAGACGCACAAAAGAAGGGUGAUCGCUGUAGCCGUUCUCUGCGCACUCUUUGCAGUCCAGACCUGCAAUCACUUGGCCAUCCUACAAGCUCAUCUACUGCACCGUUCGAAAGUAGAGAAGUUGGUGCAGUGGUAUUUACUGCAGAAACGGGAUCUGGAUAGGAGAGCGAAGAGAGUUGUAAGCCUCAAGGCGAAGCGCCGGUGCUGGAUAAAGCCAGGCAGAACCUCCCUAUGGUGGGACAACAUCAGCAAUGGUGUAUCCUUUCCACAGGAGUACAAGGAGAAUUUUCGUAUGAAGAAGGUGAAUUUUGACAAGCUGUUCAAUGAUCUUAGGCCCUUUAUCCAGAAACAGGACACAAACAUGCGGAAGUCUAUCGCUGUGGACAAGCAAGUGGCCAUUUUCCUGUACUACAUAAGCGACGAGGUCCGUUUCCGGAAAACUGCCAACGCGUUCGGUGUGUCAAGGGCCGCAGUCAGUCAGAUUGUUCGCCGUGUUUCCAAAGCCAUUACACUCCAUCUAGGUCCAAAGUACAUUGUUUUACCUAGUUCUGAAGCUGAUGUCAAGGAACUUGUGACCAACUUCAAGAGGCAACAUGGAGUGCCCCAAUGUCUGGGUGCCGUAGAUGGCACGCACAUUGACAUCAAGCAGCCUUCUGUGCAGUCUACAGAUUUCAUCAACCGGAAGAGUCGCUAUUCGCUGAACGUCCAGGCAGCCUAUGACUACAGGUACUGCUUUAUUGAUGUUGUAGUCAAAUGGCCAGGGAGUGUGCACCAUGCUCGUGUGUUUGCCAACUCUAAGUUGAGCCAGAGUCUCAAAGACCACUCUAUUCCGCCUUGCCCUCGCAAGUUGCUGGAGGAUGAGGAUCCAGUGGCGGUAUUUCUCCUUGGAGAUCCAGCGUAUCCAUUACUGCCCUAUGUGAUGAAAGAGUAUGCUGGAGGCGGGUCAACGCCUCAGGAGCAGUACUUUGGGCUGAAGCUCUGUCGUGCAAGGAUGGUGAUAGAGUGUGCAUUCGGCCGCCUGAAGGCACGAUUCGGUAUCCUGAAGCGCUCAAUGGAUAUAAAAUGGAUGAUCUGCCUUUUGUUAUCUACGCAUGCUUUGUUAUGCACAACUUUUGUGAAUUAA